CCUGUUCGAGUGCUCCUGAAGGGGAGAUGCUACCAUUCGCUCCUCAGGACGAGCCCUGGGACCGAGAAAUGGAAGUGUUCAGCGGCGGCGGCGCGAGCAGCGGCGAGAAAGUUGGAUCCUUUUCUGAUAACUUAAUCGACUGCGUACUACUCCAGUAGAGGCCACCAUACACCUCCUAAAAAUAGUUGGUGAAAUUGAUUCACAGUAGGAUAUUUUGAGUAUGUUUUAGGUAUUGUAGAGAUUUAACAAUGGGUCUCUCUACCUCAGCAAUUUGGAAAAAUACUCGAGUGGAAAUUGUUAAUCCCUAUGAAGUAAAACGAAAGGUGAAGGUAAAUGGUCUUAAAAUGGUUGAUGAGCCAAUGGAAGAGGGAGAAGCAGAUUCUUGUCAUGAUGAAGGAGUUGUUAAAGAAAUCCCUAUUACUCAUCAUGUUAAGGAAGGCUAUGAGAAAGCAGAUCCUGCACAGUUUGAGUUGCUCAAGGUUCUUGGUCAGGGGUCAUUUGGAAAGGUUUUUCUUGUUAGAAAGAAGACCGGUCCUGAUGCUGGGCAACUCUAUGCAAUGAAGGUGUUAAAAAAAGCCUCUUUAAAAGUUCGAGACAGAGUUCGGACAAAGAUGGAGAGGGAUAUACUGGUGGAAGUAAAUCAUCCAUUUAUUGUCAAAUUGCACUAUGCCUUUCAGACUGAAGGGAAACUGUACUUAAUACUGGAUUUUCUCAGGGGAGGAGAUGUUUUCACAAGAUUAUCCAAAGAGGUUCUGUUUACAGAGGAAGAUGUGAAAUUCUACCUCGCAGAACUGGCCCUUGCUUUGGAUCAUCUGCACCAAUUAGGAAUUGUUUAUAGAGACCUGAAGCCAGAAAACAUUUUGCUUGAUGAAAUAGGACAUAUCAAAUUAACAGAUUUUGGACUCAGCAAGGAGUCAGUAGAUCAAGAAAAGAAGGCUUACUCAUUUUGUGGUACAGUAGAGUAUAUGGCUCCUGAAGUAGUAAAUAGGAGAGGCCAUUCCCAGAGUGCUGAUUGGUGGUCAUAUGGUGUUCUUAUGUUUGAAAUGCUUACUGGUACUCUGCCAUUUCAAGGUAAAGACAGAAAUGAGACCAUGAAUAUGAUAUUAAAAGCAAAACUUGGAAUGCCUCAAUUUCUUAGUGCUGAAGCACAAAGUCUUCUAAGGAUGUUAUUCAAAAGGAAUCCAGCAAAUAGAUUGGGAUCAGAAGGAGUUGAAGAAAUCAAAAGACAUCUGUUUUUUGCAAAUAUUGACUGGGAUAAAUUAUAUAAAAGAGAAGUUCAACCUCCUUUCAAACCUGCGUCUGGAAAACCAGAUGAUACUUUUUGUUUUGAUCCUGAAUUUACUGCAAAAACACCUAAAGAUUCUCCUGGUUUGCCAGCCAGUGCAAACGCUCAUCAGCUCUUCAAAGGAUUCAGCUUUGUUGCAACUUCUAUUGCAGAAGAAUAUAAAAUCACUCCUAUCACAAGUGCAAAUGUAUUACCAAUUGUUCAGAUAAAUGGAAAUGCUGCACAAUUUGGUGAAGUAUAUGAAUUGAAAGAGGAUAUUGGUGUUGGCUCCUAUUCUGUUUGCAAGCGAUGUGUACAUGCAACUACCAACAUGGAAUUUGCAGUGAAGAUCAUUGACAAAAGUAAGCGAGACCCUUCAGAAGAGAUUGAAAUACUGAUGCGCUAUGGACAACAUCCCAACAUUAUUACUUUGAAGGAUGUCUUUGAUGAUGGUAGAUAUGUUUACCUUGUUACGGAUUUAAUGAAAGGAGGAGAGUUACUUGACCGUAUUCUCAAACAGAAAUGUUUCUCGGAACGGGAGGCUAGUGAUAUACUAUAUGUAAUAAGUAAGACAGUUGACUAUCUUCAUUGUCAAGGAGUUGUUCAUCGUGAUCUUAAACCUAGUAAUAUUUUAUACAUGGAUGAAUCAGCCAGUGCAGAUUCAAUCAGGAUAUGUGAUUUUGGGUUUGCAAAACAACUUCGAGGAGAAAAUGGACUUCUCUUAACUCCAUGCUACACUGCAAACUUUGUUGCACCUGAGGUUCUUAUGCAACAGGGAUAUGAUGCUGCUUGUGAUAUCUGGAGUUUAGGAGUCCUUUUUUACACAAUGUUGGCUGGCUACACUCCAUUUGCUAAUGGCCCCAAUGAUACACCUGAAGAGAUACUGCUGCGUAUAGGCAAUGGAAAGUUCUCUUUGAGUGGUGGAAACUGGGACAAUAUUUCAGGUGGAGCAAAGGAUUUGCUUUCCCAUAUGCUUCAUAUGGACCCACGUCAGCGGUAUACUACUGAACAAAUAUUAAAGCACUCAUGGAUAACUCACAGAGACCAGUUGCCAAAUGAUCAGCCAAAGAGAAAUGAUGUGUCACAUGUUGUUAAGGGAGCAAUGGUUGCAACAUACUCUGCCCUGACUCACAAGACCUUUCAACCAGUCCUAGAGCCUGUAGCUGCUUCAAGCUUAGCCCAGCGACGGAGCAUGAAAAAGCGAACAUCAACUGGCCUGUAAGAUUUGUGGUGUUCCUAGGCCAAACUGGAUGAAGAUGAAAUUAAAUGUGUGGCUUUUUUCCUAAUCUUAUCAAAGGCAUCGUUUUCUGCUUAAUUACUUGAAUAUUAAGUAAUAUUAAAUCCCCAUUUUUAGGGGAAGUGAGAUUUAAAAAACCAUGCACAGGUCCACAAUAUUCAUACUAUGUGUUUGCAGUAGUGUUCAAGUGUUUAUUUAAGCAUAUAAUUGGUGUCCACCAGGUCCUCACAACUUCUCUGCACACUAGCUUCUAAAAUUCCUUUCAAAUAAAGUUACUUUAAUAUUUUUUUCUUGUUUCAUACAAUUAUGGUUUGGGACGUCAUUACCAACAAUCAGUAUAUAUAUAUAGUAGUAUAAUGACAAGCAAUGUUAGUAUUUUUUAACAUCAGAUCCUGAAGGAUAGACUUUUUUAAAAAAAGAAAAACAAUAAAAACAUAUUAUAAAAGCUAGUUAUUCUGUAAAACCAAAGGACUCCAUUCAUUUGACUCACUGUACUAAAAUGUAAACAUAGUGGUUUGGUGCCAGAGCAAAAUACAUUUGUGCUAAUAUAUGAAUUCUUGAUAUAGUUGGUGCCAAAGUUUUUAUAGAAGAAUUACAUCUCAGAUAAUGUGUGCAGGCAGAUCUGUAUAUUAUCCAUAAGUGGCCUCAUUUAGAAAUAAAGGUUUUUAUAAAGCUUCUGUAAAUUUUACAUCACAUGGAAAUUUAGUACAAGUGAAGCUUUUUUUUUUUUCCCAAAGGCUUUAUACUGUUGGUGUAAUCUUAUAAAUAGGUCAUAGUUAAGCCUUUGAAAAUAAAGUAUGUGGUGUUGACACUAUCCUGGUGUUAUAUAAACCGACUUUCAAGUUAACCAAUUGGAUUUAAUCAUCAUCUAUCCCCUUUAUAAAUGAACUACACUGUUGUUUUUCUGACUUCGAUGUGCUUUGAAGUACAGUGUAGCAUAUUAUUCUACCUUGAAUCCUAUGAUAAUACAGUUGACAUCUUACUGUAGUGGACUUGUGCAUAUAGCACACAUGAUAUAGUAUAUUGUAUUACAGUAAACUUUAGACAAUGCUACUUAAUCAUUUUACUUCAUAAAGAUAAACUAACAUUUUAAAUAUGAAUAAUAUUAAUGGUCUACAUAAAAUUUGAGCACAUUUCAAAAUCAUAUUUAUAAAAAAAACUGGCCAAAUUGGUCUUAUUUAAUGUAUAAUUCAGAACCACUGUGUAGUAUGUAUUCUUUUCUCUAAAUGAUGAAAUGCUAAAGAAUAAUUUCACAUUGUUGAAGAAAAUACCAUUACUACAACAACAGCAGCAGCAACUACUACUACUACUACUACUACUACUACUACUACUACUACUACUACUACUGCUGACAGAAAGAAUUCAUGAAUGUAAACUGGAGGAUAUCACAGUUUUCUUUAGUGAAUAUAAGUGAACUACUUGUGCGUGUUAGGUGUACUGUUUGCUACAUAUUUUACUUUGCUUCAUUCAGAGAGAAAGUUGAUUACUGAGUGCUGAAUUAUACAAUUUAGACUAGGAAACUUGUAACUUUGGUAUUUAAUAAAAGAAACUAUACAUAUUCUCUUUGUAAUGUAAAUAAUCUAUACCCCAUGCACAAAGAUCUUUUUCCUGGGUGUGAUAUAUAAAAGUAUGUAUUCUUAUUUUGAGGUAUCUUUUGGAAAUAAUUGAAAGAGAUUAAAGAACAAUUUAUGCCACAUGAAAAAUAAUUACUUAGAAGUAGGUAUCAUGUCUUCUGGCUUUUUAUGUUCCAUUUGGCUUUUUUUUUUCUCAUUUGCUUUAUUACUAUAUGUACUUGCAUGUAACAGUUUGUAUGUAUAUAUUCUGACUUAUUUUCCUUCUGUCAUUAUCUUGUGCUGUUAUACCUUCUUCCUAUCAGAAUUGAUAUGUCAAACUCAGAGGUGUGAAUUUGGUGUUGAAGUUUUCAGGACAGAGCUACUAUUUCCAUCGAUGUAUUUUAAGUAAUAAAAUUAGGGGAAGUGAAAUUGGAAAAUGAAAAAUGAUUACAAAAUAACUUCCAGGUUUUCUAUAAUCAGUGGCUUUAAAAAGUAGACAGUCUUAAUUAAUUUAAAUUAGCUUGCUCAGAAAGAUCAUGCCAUACAGUCCUAUCAUAAAAGGAACACUAUAAGAAUUAAACAAUGAACAGCAUGAUUUCUGAUCACCCAGUGAGGAUCGACAGUGUAUAAAAGACACAGGUAUGCUACUGGAUGUACCCGAUAAUUGUUUGAGGGUUUUCUACUGAAAAACUCAAAUAUGCUAGCUUAACAACAGUAGUGGGGGAAACCUUAUUAUAUGGGGAAGCUUCAAAAUAUACUGCAAUUUUGUAGAAGGAGCCCAGGUAAGGAUGCCUAAUCCUGUCCAGUUUGGCUAGAACUCAGAUUUGAACAUUUUUUGAUGGGCCUUCUAUCAAUGCUUAACUAGUAAAAACACAUCUUUUCUAUAAGACUUUAGGAUACUGUGGUUUCUAAUGGGUUCUUGAAUAAUUAUUUUGCAUUGUGUUUUUCUAGUUAAUGGUUUUUGGUAGUAUUUAAUGAUAGCACAGUUUGGGGUUUUAUUGUUCUUGAAGGGGGAGGAUAUUGAAUUUUGUUUUUCUUAGAGAAAACAUCAGGUUUGCUCAAAUAGACUAACAACCUGUUGUCCUUAAGCACAUACUACCAGGAAUAAACUCAGGAAACAAUUUUCAAGAAAAUUAGAAUGCAGUGCUGGUGAUGGGGAUUUUUGUGGGGGAAAAAAAAAUGGUUUCAAGUCCUUUCACAAAGAUCAAACUUCAGCCUAUUUUGUUAGACUCAGCAAUGUCUAAACAUUGUUUUUUGUAAUUUAUUGUCAUUGGUAAUUCAACACAAUAAAGCAAUUUUGAUAGCACCUCUGUUUGGCUCAAAGGGAUUCCAUAUGUUUAGGCAACCCACAACCUUAAGAACAGAUGCUUGGUAUUUAUAAUGUCUGCCCAUUGGAACAACAUGUUAAAAUAGUAGUGCCCAGAGAAACUUGCAUACAGAUUGACUAGUAUUUUCUAGAUAGAAGUCUUUCAUAUAUGAAGAAGGAAAACAACCAUUUAUAUUGACCCGAAGGCCCACGAGAAAACUUAGGCUUUAAAGUAGGCAAAGCAUAUUUGUGGUAUUCUGUACAUUCUCUUUCUGCUGGCUUUCCAGCCCCUUCAUGCUAUCUAUCCUCCUUGAGCACCUCACAGCAAUACUCCAUCAAUGAAGUUUACCCUAUCCCCAGAAAGAUUCUGUGUGGUUGUGGUCAUUACUCCUUGUUCCUUCCUCUUCCUCUUCCCCAAAUCAGGAUAUCCAUUCUCUCAGAACAGAUAUUUCCAGCUAAAAAGUUGAAAGGAAAACUAUCCUAUUAAAUUAAUUUACAUUUUUCUGUCAGUGGCUAAUAGUUAAUUGGCAUUUUUAAGGAAGUUGUGCAUUAAUCAAGUUUCUAGUUUCUGGAUCUUCAGGCAAUCUAACAAGGUGAGAAUAAUUUUAAAUUCAGUUCUUAUCAGGGAAGAUAUUUUUGGGGAAAGGAACAGUGUGUCCCAGGGUCAGAGUAUCUAAUAAACUGUUUCUUUUUUUGCACAAUUUCCUUCCUACUUCCUUUCUACUUCUCAAUCUACCUUUUCUCUUAAAAUCUUUUAAGCUUUUUAAUCACAAUUAAUGAACUUCUAUGAUAAAGUGAUGUGGAGGUAGACAGAGAUUGGCGGUUAUUUCUGCAUAUGUUGUUUUUAAACCCAUAGUUUUGUGUUAUUUCUCACAGUACAUGACCUAUAUAGCAUAAGAAGUUUUAUUCCCCCCAACUGCCAUCCCAUUCCUGUUAUAAAGAAAAAAAAAAAAAAAAAGCACAGAAAGAUUGAAUCCAAAUUAAUCAUGGAGUCCAAAUUUUUCUAGAUCCCUUUU